AUGAGCACUCCGCGGGAUCCGUUACGAUCCCAACCCUUCACACCGACAACAAUUCAGAAUGCGAAUCGGACGCGAGGACAACUCAACCAGCACGCUUCUCCAGCUAAGAGUCGAAUACCCAGACGAAUCGAGCCGAUGAGUGAUGGCGAGAUCUCACCUUUCCCACCUCACCCAUCAAUAAGACCGCCGCCGAGCGUGAAGGCUUCGCCAAGGAUGCCUAUGGGAGUGGGAGUGGCUCCUCGUCCAACCAAGGCUGUGCCGGCCGCAUACCGACAGGAUCAGGCUACGAGGCUGCCGGAUCGAAAUCAAGCAUACAACGCAUCAAGUACGGCGGGGGACUCAUCCCAGGAUUCACAAGCGCAGGCAGCCAUGCACCAACCGCCACCUGUCCCUCCACAACCUAGUUUAUCUUCCCGCCGGUACAACAUGACCCAGUCAUAUGUCUCUUCUGUGAAUGAAGACACUCCUCCUUUGAGACAACAGGCUCCCCCCAGAGAGUCGCACUAUCCUGAAGACGAUAUGUCACCAAGACCUGCCUAUCCAAGCAGCAAGUUCAUGCCCCAGUUCGAGUUCCCUAUGCCUUCAAAUCGCGACACCAUGGACACCAUGGAUUCCUAUGAACAAGUCAGUGCGCGAGCCAAACCAAGAAUGAUCGAUACGUCUGCCCGACCCUCCACAGGUCCCAAGCCAGGCGAGAUAUCACCAGCGUCAACUCGUCAGCACGCGAUGAACGCUCUUAGUCAGGCUAUUGCCGUGGGGAUCAACAAGGCGGCCUCCCCAAGAACCUUCUCGCCAUCUGGCCCCGUCCGCAUGCCCUUUGAUAACGACGCCACUUCUGUGCACACCAUGGACCUUGAACCUCCAGAGCUCAAAGAUGCGCCGCCUGUUCCCACAUCAAAACUCACUGCGCCGGAAGCCAGCACAUCACCCAUGUCUCAUUCCUCCGAGUCACCUAUCCUUGGCCUUGGCCUUGGCGCUCCUACCCGUGGCCUUUCCACCAAGCGCGGAUCAACCAAGCGCCCACCACGCCUUGACAUCGAUGCUGUUCGAGAGAUGGAGGCUCGAGGUUCCACAACUUCACUCACCGACCUGAUCAAGCGCGCCACUAGACUCGCCUCCAACCUCGACCGUGGAAAGACAGCCUCUCGCCUUGGCAUGCUCGACAUGUUUGGCGGUUCUUCAUCUUCACAGCGCCUCGGCGACCUGGGUCCUGGCAAGCGUGACUCCUCGAUGAGCGACAUGCUAUCGUCGUUCCCCGCUCCAGCCGCCGGUACUCCCCGCUCAGAGUGGCCGACCGAGAAGGGCUUCAUGAGCAGUACCACAAACCUAUCGCGCAAGAAAGGCGACGGCUCCUCCUCAAAGCAAUCCAAGACCUCGCGCCGCCGCAUCUGCGGUAUGACAGUCCCCUGCUUCACCGUAACACUCAUCGCAUUAAUCCUCCUCGUCGCGGCCGCCGUCCUCAUCCCAAUCUUCUUAAUAGUCGUCCCGCGUCAAUCCUCUACCAUCCCUACAGGCGCCGCGGCCUCUAUUUCGUCCUGCUCCCAAGCCGAUGCCUCUCGCUGCCAAAAUUCGGGAACCAGCAUCGUCACCGACGGCGCCUGCGGCUGUGUAUGCUCCAGAGGCUUCACAGGCAAGACAUGUGACAUACAGGGCGACAGCACAUGUACUACACAAGACAUUGCAGAUGGCAGCACUGUGUAUAGGGCCGCUACGAUGUCGCGAUCGGUUCUAAGAGCCUUCAACGACGCAGGUCGCUACAACAUUCCUCUCAACGCGACCACGAUCUUAGGCCUCUUCUCUACCAACGGUGUCACCUGUGCAGAUCAAGGAAGCCUAGUGAAUGCAGGAAACGGCAAUUCCACGUCCUCCAACAACAAUGGCAACGACAAGCGCGCUGCGCUAGCGGACCCCGAACCUCUCAUCAUGCUCCCUGAAUUCGAGCCCAGCGAGUAUCACCCCCUCCAUCUGCCACAGCCGACCACAGCCCCCACGCCCACGACCUUAGCGAUCCGCAGACGCCAAGACGCUUCGUCCUCAGUCCCUGCCCCUUACAGCGAGGUGAACGGCAUCGUCUACGACCCCAGCCUCGACACGAUCGUGACCCUUGCAAGCUCCACUACUAGCUCAGCAUCGCGCACGGCGUCAUCUUCUGCUGCAGCAAACACCGCAGCACCGCAAUCCUCUACUUCCAGCCAGGGAGGCGAGCAGCUUUCCUUUGCGCCCGUCGUCAUCCUCUACGUGGCCGAACGCAGCGGCUCUGUUGCGGUGAGUCUGGAUGCCAAGGCGCGCCUGGAUCGCUGGUUCGCAGACAUCAACAGCGCCAACACCGUACAGCUCGGCCAGGUCGCGGGUCAGGACAUCGUUGUGGACAUGGAUGCUCUUACGCUGCGGGAUGGGGGUCGGACGAUUGGUGGCCGCUCGUGA